AUGGCAACAGAGGUCGUAGACAUGCGUUUAGAGGCUCCGCAGUCCAAGGGCCCAGAGAGAAGGCGACAGGGCAAAUUCCAGCCCUUCAAACGCCUCUUUGGGAAGAAGAAAAAGAAAGAGUCCAAAGCCGGGUUUGAUGGCGCUGACCUCAAGUCCAGCUCCUCCACUGGGGAGGUGUGCAACGGAGUAGUGUCCGAAGAUGAAGACGCCGCUCUGCAUUUGAGGGAGGUGAACUCUGUUGGAGCUCGAGCGCUCUCACACGACAGCAUCUUUAUCCCAGAACCCACAUCCACACAGGAGGACGCCCACGGAGAGCUCACCAUGUCCCAUGAAAACGUCUCCGAUAAAGUCAGGAAUCUGCAGAGGCAGAUUGCAUCCAAUAUUAAGUUUGGACAGAAGCUGCCGUCUAUGCGCAGAAGUGAAGGGGAUGAAGGCAGUACUGAUGACGAUGAGGCUCCCAGGAGCCCCAUGAAGGUCCAGGUCCAGGCUCAAGUCCAGACUCAGGUCCAGACUCAGGCGUAUACCCCAGACGAAGCUGAGCUGCUAAAACCAGAGUCUGACCUCCCGGCUUCUCCGCUAUCCGCUCCACACAGUAGUCCUCCUGCAAAGUCUCCAAGAUCCAAACGAGUCCUUCCUACCACUGGGACCAUUGAGUCCAUUAACCUGGAUGCAGUUCCACAGAGUGGCCCUCGUUUGGACAACACAGCAGCUAAACAUAAACUGUCAGUGAAACCCAAGAACCAGAGAGUGUCUCGUAAGCACCAGCGCUUUACACAGCAGGACUUAGAGGAGGUGUCUAUCCCCGGUGUUCUGGAGGAGGACCCCGAGCCCUCUGACAGUGUGAGGAGGAGGCAACACGAAGAAGAGGCGAGGAAGAGGAGGGAGGAAGAGGAGACCACACGAGCAGAGGAAGAGCGUAAACGGGCUGAGGAGCAGAGGGCCCGAGAGCUUGAGGUCGAGCGCAGACGCAGAGAGGAGGAAGAGGAGGAGAGGCUUCUUCGAGAGGCAGAGGAACGCAGGGUGAAAGAAGAGCUGCUUCGCAAACAGAGGGAGGAAGAGGAGCAGAAACACAGAGAGGAGGAACGAAAGAAACGCGAGGAGGAGGAGAGGAGGAGGAGAGAAGAAGAGGAGGAGAGAAGGAGGAGAGAGGAAGAAGAGGAGAGAAGGAGGGGAGAGGAAGAAGAGGAGAGAAGGAAGAGGAGAGAGGAAGAGGAGGAGAGGAGGAAGCAGCAGGAAGAACUGGAGAAACAACUGAGGGAGGAAGAGGAGCAGAGACGCAGAGAGGAGGAGCGAAAGAAACAGGAUGAAGAGGAGAGGAAGAGGAGAGAGGAGGAGCUCAGGUGGAGGGAGAUGGAGGAGAGACAGAAGCCCUUCUCCUUUAAGGUGUCGUCCGGAGAGAAGCAAAUCCUGUUCCAGAAGGUAAACUUGACGCCCGUUACUCCAGGAUCCACUCAUCACCAGGGCGACGUAGUGGUUGACCACAAAGAGAGCCCUAAAGCUGCGUCCUCUGAAGACACAUCAAACCUGUCCCCCUCUACGUACAUCCCACACACCGCCAUCUUAGUGACGGGCGCUCAGCUGUGUGGCCCCGCCGUGAACCUCGAUCAAAUCAAAGACACCGCCUGCAAAUCUCUGCUGGGUUUGGAGGAGAAGAAGACACCUGGGCCAAUGAAAAACAAAACGUCACCGGACCGAAAAUCUGGCAAGACAAAAUCCCUUAGUGAGGCUUCCUUUUCCACAGAUCAACCCCCCGGCUUGGAUGUGCUGGCAGAAUGGGCGAGUAUUCGAUCAAAGAUUUUCAAAGGUGUGGAAGAUGGCAGCUAUCCUGAUCCAGAGAUGACAAAAUGCCAACCGCCUCCGGAAGAACAACCCGCAUUCUCCCACACGCAUCUCCGUAAAACUAUGUCCGCCAACGCCAAGUUCUCAAUCACACCAGCAAAAAAGAAAUUUGGUGAUUCAAACAGGAACUCUGAAGUUUUUAGUCCCGAAGAUGUGAGUCAAGAGCCUAACGAAUGUCCUGUUUCUCCAGCGCCUAAACCCAAAGGCAAAAGUGUCAGGAUUGUGGAGAGGGUAUCAGAUGAAUGCGUUUUUGCCAAAGAUUUGCCAUCGUUUCUUGUUCCUGGAGCUAAAUCCGAUGUAGAAAUGUUAAAAACAAGGACAUAUAGUGAGAGCUAUGACAGUAAGGAUUUGGAAGAAGAUUUGAAUCAAUGUGGAGAGGAUGCGCCAUCUCCUUUUGGGAUCAAGCUGAGGCGGACUAACUUCUCUUUGCGUUUCCAUAAUGAACAAUCCACAGAAAAGCGGAAGAAAAGGUAUAGCGAUGGAGAUAACUUUGAAGGCAUUCCCUCGCCGCUUACGCCCAUUGAGCCAGAUGUUUCCAAUAUUUUAACAGAGAGAGCGAGCCCCAUGUCCCCGCAAAAGGAAUGCAUUAUCGGCAAGUAUAUCCACUCGCCUCGGACUAAACCUGCAAAGUCACCGAGUCCGACGCCACAGAGCGAAAGUGAGAAAAUCGUCUCGAAACCUCCAGUCUACAGAAGGCCAGCGACCUCUCCAAAACCACCUGGGUCAGUACCAACUCCCCCGCCAUCGCCUCUGCCUAAAGUGCACCGCGGGACGCACAGCCCGAGGGAAUUUGUAGUUGAGUCAACAAGUCAGGAGCAGGUGGGAGGUCAGGCAGAGGAGGCUCAGAGGUGUGGCCAAGGACACUCGCCUGGAGAGGAGGAGCACAAGGAGAAAAAGUCCUUCUUCCCGUCGAUUAGCAUUCCCUGGAGAGAGAAGACCGACCGCAAAACAGAGCUCAUCCGGAAAGACAAACCGUCCCUCCAGAGCAGGCACUCUCUGGACAGUGCAAAAGUGCAGGAGAAGGAGGGCGCCCCCAUGUGGAUCCAUGUGGCACUGCAAAAACAGAAGGGCUUCAGGGAGCAGCAGCAGAACCGUGAGGACCGCCGCAGUCUACGAGAGGCCAAGAUGGCAGAGAAACAUGUCAAAGACAGAGACAGCCUUUCAUUAGUGAUCCCCUCUGACAGCAGAGGAAGCGGGAGCAGCAGUCCAAGCUCCAAGCCUCAGACUCCGGAAGAGAAGAGACCGGACUCUCUCCUGGGACGAUUAGAUCGCCGCGAACAACUGAAGAAGGCCAGUACUCUCCCCAGCUCUGUGACGGUGGAGAUCGCAGACUCCACCCCGUCGCCCCCUGCUGUUAAGGACGUGUCAAAGCGCUUCCCCUCCAGUGACUCUGCACAGGUGUCCACAGAGCCGGCCUGGCUGGCUCUGGCCAAGAGGAAGGCCAAAGCCUGGAGUGACUGUCCACAGAUAAUCAAAUAG